CUCCUUCAUCGUCGCAGCAAUUAAUAUUCUGUCUACACCUUCAAUCGAUACAAAAUGGCACAAAACACAUUUAAGCAAUGGGUUCUGAGGGAUGCAAAUGGCCUUGAGUCGCUUCACCUGUCUUCUGCCACUAUACCAUCAACAAUUGGCGACCAUGAUGUACUUGUCAACCUUCACUUUGCAUCUGUCAACUAUCGAGACAUCUUGAUCGCACAAGGCAAAAAUCCCUUUCCGUUGAAAAAGGACGUCGUUCCUGUAUCAGAUGGAGCGGGUAUAGUUGUAUCAGUAGGCCCCAAGGUUACCGCGUUCCGUGCCGGUGAUAGAGUUGCGCCGACCUUCAUGCGGGAUCAUAUAGCGGGAUCAAUAACUCCAGCAGCCGUCCUAUCUUCUCUCGGAGCAGUUGUAGACGGAACUCUAAGGGAGUACGGCGUGUAUCCUGAGCACAGCCUUGUUCGUAUUGCAGAUAACCUGAGCUUGAUGGAGGCCAGUUCACUUCCGUGUGCUGGCGUUACGGCAUGGACCUCGCUCUACGGGGAUCGUUAUUUACAACCAGGCGACGUUGUGCUUACUCAGGGGACCAGCGGAGUAAGCUUAUUUGCUCUGCAGUUAGCAGUCGCCGCGGGCGCCACCGUCAUUACUACGACUUCCUCAGCAGAAAAGAUUCCACUGUUAAAGGGUUUGGGGGCCACGCAUGUGCUCAAUUACAGCGAGGACAAGAACUGGGGUGAGACGGCCAAGAGUCUGACAAGGGAUGGGGCCGGCGUCGAUAUCGUAGUCGAGGUAGGGGGUGCGUCGUCUGUGCGCCAAAGCCUCAAGGCCGUCCGCAUGGGAGGCAUCAUCUCCCUCGUUGGCCAUCUCGACUCAUCUGAGCCGCUAGACCCGCCGUUUAAUCCAGUCGAGGUGCUUGCCAGCCAAGCUACCAUUCGAGCUAUUGGAGCCGGCAACCGCCAAGAUUUCGUAGCUCUCAUGAGGGCAAUCGAUGCCAACCACAUCAAACCCGUUAUUGACAAGAAGGUCUUUCAGAUGGACGAGGCCCGCGAGGCGUAUCAGUAUAUGUUGGACCGAAAACACCUGGGAAAGGUUGUCAUUGACUUGAGGGGCUCUCAAAAACUAACCGAUUGAAGGAAUCGGCAGCUAUUAGUCUAUACCUUUUCGACUCAAAUUGUCUCUAAUUUGUUGAGCCGUGGUUUACUAGUACUUAACCAUAUAAUAGCAGCGGGUAGGGUCUGAGACAUUCCUAACUAUCCGCGGAAUUGUUAAAUUGUGGGCAGCUUAGUACGAGUAGCUAUAGCUGUAACUCGGC